AGCUGUCCUGUUACCUCCACUGAAGUCCAUUGACAUUUUCAAACAAUUUGUUUGGUUCAGAAUCUGUAGUGCUACGUGAAUCAUGCACGCCAAAGGAAAUCCAUGCUGCUGCUGCUCGUUUGAUGACUACAAGUGUACAGCUGAAUGGCUCCUCAACAAGACCAGACACAGGCCUAAAAUUGCUGUUAUCUGUGGAUCCGGGUUGGGGCGUCUUGCUGAUUCAGUCUCAAACAAGCAAACUUUUCGUUAUGAGGACAUUCCAAACUUUCCUGUGAGCACAGUGCCUGGGCAUGAAGGAUGUCUGGUGUUUGGGGAUCUGAAGGAAAAGCCAUGCGUCUUCAUGCAAGGCAGAUUCCACCUGUAUGAAGGAUAUUCACUUUGUAAGGUGACUUUCCCAGUGAGAAUAUUUAAGCUGUUGGGGGUAGAGACUAUAAUUGUUACAAAUGCUUCUGGGGGGCUGUGUAAGGACUUCAAAGCAGGAGACAUCAUGAUCAUCAAAGACCACAUCAACCUGCCUGGCUUUGCUGGCCAGCACCCACUAUGUGGUCCCAACGAGGAACGGUUUGGAAUCCGUUUCCCUUGCAUGUCUGAUGCCUACAAUAAAGACCUGCGGAAGCUUGCACUUGACAUCAGUGCACAACUGGGCUAUUCAGACUUUGUUCGAGAAGGCGUGUACUGCAUGGUCAGUGGACCCAACUUUGAGACCAUAGCUGAGGCCCGCAUGCUGCACAUCCUUGGAAGUGACUCUGUGGGGAUGAGCACGAUUCCAGAAGUCACUGUAGCGAAACACUGUGGUUUACGUGUGUUCGGACUUUCACUCAUCACCAACAAAGUAUCGUUGGACUACAGCAGGGAAGAGAAGGUCAACCACGAGGAAGUCCUUGAGAUGUGCAAGAUGAGGGCUGAAAUGUUGCAGAAUCUGGUCAACACCCUAAUAGCCAAAUGUGAUCAGGUUGAUUGUAUAAACAGCAACUAAAACCAUAAGGCUUGAAAGAAAUUCCCUUAAACUAUAUGGUGGCUACAAUUCACGGCAGCAAAGAUAUGCAAAUUUCCGGUAGGCCAGUAUAACCUGGUAGGGGAUGCUCCUAUAUAAGUUGCUGCAUUAGGCUCUUUAAUAUUGCCAUCCUUGGUCUACACGAGGGAGUCCAUCAUGGGAUAAAAAAGGAAAAUGACAAGGCUUUCCCCCACAUACUUAAAAUAAUCAGAGCUAACAAAAUAAUUCCCUAAAUGUUCUCUGCCAUGAACAUCCAUUCAUUCUAUGAGUUUCAAAUGUGCAAAUAUGUAUUUUCAUUUUAAAACAUGAUACAGUAUCUGGUACUACUCAAGGUUAAAUAAAUGAUUGCAAGCCAUGCUAUUAGAUUGUCUUGCAUUUCCUGGGUAAUUUCACCUGGAGAGUGAAAUUAUCCCCAAUCCUUCACUUGCUUCUUCCCUUCAAUAACCAAUUAGCUGCUUCCCCUAGUGACUGAUAUGCUUUCAGCCAGUAACAUGCUUUGACCCAGAAUACACUGCUAGAUAAAAUGAACAAAGAAGUAGCAGGCCUGGAAAGCAAGGCAAGCCAAGGCAAGCAACUGGGACUUUCUUUAACUUGGUGUAUAUAGUACCAGAUGUCUCUUUUAAAAUGAAAAUUCAUAUCUACUAUAACAUGUUUCUUUAAGAACUGCACUACACACUUAUGUAGCUAAUGGCAGUGCAAAAUGGGUAAGAUCUGGGGAAAUAUUUUGUUAGCUACAGUAACUAAUAGCUCUUGCCAGUGGCAUCUUUGAAUUUUCAGUGAAUUUUUCUUUUUUUCCUCACCAACAGCUAGAAGUGGCUAUGUACUCCCUGUUUAAUUCAACUUGCUGUUUAAUUGAAGUUGUGAUCUUUGCGGUCUGUGCUGUGCUUUGAGUUUCCCUCCUCCUCCCCAAACUCCACCUCAUUUUCAGCCUUGUCCGGGGCUUCCUCGAAUCUGAGCUGCCAACCAGUAUUUUGGGCAGCACCCAGUGCCUCUGAAAAUCAAGGCCAAGCUCCAAAACCAAGCCAUUCAAAAUGUUGUGAUACUUACUGUUUUUGUUCUCUAAUUAAACAUAAACAAAUCACGUAAGUCCUGACUGAACACUGAAACGUGAACAUUUACCCAGACCAGCAUGCCUUGCUGAUGCCCCAGGUUGUGUGGCACACUGUAAUAUCAAUUGACUAAACAUCUAUCUAUAUACGUUAUCUGUUUACUCAAUUCAUUUAAUGUUAAUGUAGCUGAAGAAUAAUAUAAAUACAUUUUUAACAAGAUGCUUUGGGUGUUCUCAUCAGUAUGUUUAUGCAACAUCAUGGGCUUUUUGAAAUAUAUGCAAGUCACUAAAGUAAAUGUUCAGUGGUACAGAAAGUUCCAGUGGGGACCUUAUUUGUAUGAAAAUGUAGGUAUCAAGAGGCUGUCUGUCUGGCCUUCUGUCUAUGUGUCACACUUCCACUUAUGUAGAGAGAGAAUAAUUGCUUUUCCUGUUAUGAUGAAACUCGAGACAUGAGACAUAAAAAAAUCGCUCUUUAAGUAACUCAAGAGUUAAUGGUUUGCGGACACAUAGUAUUUCCACGAAAAAAGAAUACAAAAAAACUUGCAGUAGCUCACUGUCAAGUGUUAUUCCAUCUUUAAUUAAAGGUCAAUGCUGAAGUGCCUUACAGGGUACAUAAGGACCAUUUUAUUUUAUUGUGUUAUGUUCCCAUGUUUUAUUGUGUUAUGUUCCCAUGUGUUGCUACAACUGUUUACGUAAGGUGUGUGUAUUGUUUUAUUUAUUUUAUUUUUUUUUACAUUUUGACUACUUUAUUAACUUUUAAAUUGUAUUCCCUGCCUCAAGAUGGCUUCCUAUGUACCUGCAUAGACCUCUCAGAACUACAUUUCCCAUCACAUUCCUGCUCACUGGUAAAUCCAUCUCAGUUACAUGUGAGCAGGAGGAUGAUGGGAAAUGUAGUUCUGAGAGGUCCAUGCGGGUACAUGGGAAGCCAUCUUGAGGCAGGGAAUGCAAUUUAAAAGUUUAAAAAAGUGGUCAAAAUGUAAAAAAAAAUAAAAAAAAUAAAACAAUACACACACCUUACGUAAACAGUUGUAGCAACACAUGGGAACAUGUAACACAAUAAAAUAAAAAGGUCCUUAUGUACCCUUUAAGCUUGUUCAACUGGACAAUGUUGCACAAAUAAAAUCCAAAAUAAUUGGUAUCAAAACACUCAUAUCCAAUAUUAAUGUAUUUAAAUAAUAGUCUCAUUCAGACUAAUGCAAUGUUAGGUUUAAGAAAGCUUCUGUAACAGAGAUUUUGUCUACAUGUGAUAAAUGUAUAGCCUACCCUCAUAAUUAGAUUAUUAUGUAUAUUUACAAGUAUACCCCCAUGAAUUUGAACAGCUGAGAACAAUUAUAAUCAUUGGUGCAAGAUAAUAAAAAUGCAGAAAAAGCUAUAAAUGGGUCUAAUUAAAAAACACAAAAUCAAUAUACAUAUUUUAAGGCUAUAUUUUAUAAUGUUACAAAUAUUUAAAUAUGAUAUAUAAACAUGUUGUUACAACUGUUUUUUACAGAAGCAGGUGUGCCAAAUUACCAGUCUAACAUUCGGACACCAUAUAUCUGUGUGAUUAUGAGAGCUUUGGUAUUGUUUUUGGUAUCGCUACUGUAAUAUUUGUAUAUGGGCUAUACAAUAAACUUAAAGUCAAACUGAGGAUGUCACCAUAGUAAUUCAAUAACUGUUAGGCUCCCACAUGUACACAUUGGUUACCUCUGAUCUACUGCACUGAUGUUUACUUCUUUAAGUGGUAUGCAUUAUGUAAUUGUGAAUUGUUUGAUGGACACCGUGCGCGUGUAUUCUAAAGAAGAGCAUUAGUGGGCAGGUGUUUCAUUUUCUCUUUCUUUCCUGACAGAUAUGAAAAUAAAAAUGAAAAAAAGCCAUAUUAAGCCAUA